AAAGUUUGAGAGUGGGUUGAAGAUGUUCUAAGUCCAACCCACCGAAGUUGGGGGCGGUGUUCACACGUUUUGGAGGCUGACAAACGCAUGUUCCAGCCUCCACUCUUAGCAGCCUAAGGAAGCCCUAGGUGAGCACCAGGUGUUUUUCUGCCCAAGGCUUUUGGAGUUUUGGUGAGGAAUUACUUAUUUUUCUGCCCAUCGGGGCAUUUGUGUAAUUUUCUAAAUUUCUUAUAUCAAACCAAAUAUGAAUCAAUACCCUGUGCGUUGCAGAGCUUCUUGGGGCUCAACCAAGACUCCAUCGACAUGGAGCAAAAGCUUCUCUCGAAUUUCGAACAAAUUUGCAAAAACCAAACAAAAAUAUCUUUAAAAUCCUUCUCUAUCGCUAGAACUCUCCUUGUAAACCCCUCAACCUCCGAUCAGACAAUCUCUUCAAUCCUCCAAAACCUAGAAACUCUAUCAACAGCAGUAUCAGCAUCAAACCCUCAAUUUUACCAUCUCCAUGUCAUCACCCUCCUCUGUGAAAUCUCCAUCGUCCGCCGCCAUUUCUCUCCCCGCAUCACCACCAUACUCCACUCUCUCUCCCUACACUGCCCCAACAUUACCCCACGUGCCGCCGGACUUGCACUCUCUACCUCUGUUUCCAUAUAUCCCGCUUCCGCGUCCAACUUGGUUUCCGCGUUUUCAGAGGGGACCGAGGGAUUGUUUUUAUCUCUCUGCUUCGGUUCGUGUGUGCCUGUGCGUCAAAGGCUGCUAUCGGAUGUGGAGAUAUUUAAUGUCCGGCCUUCGCUUCUGCUCACGGUGUUGACAGGGUUCACUAAGGAUCCGUAUCCUUACGUGAGGAAGGCUGCUUUGGAUGGUUUGAUUGGUUUGUGCAAGUGCAUUGUCGUUGAAGAUCGUGGUAUGAUUGAAGGAUGUUACCUUCGUGCUGUUGAGCUUCUGUUUGAUACUGAGGAAUGCGUGAGAUGCUCAGCUGUUCAUAUGGUAAGUGAAUGGGGGAAAUUUCUAGUGGCAAAUAGUGAGGGCAAAAGCAAAAGAGAUUGGUCAGAUGCAUUGUAUGUUCAGCUCUGUUCAAUGGUGAGGGACAUGAGUAUGAAUGUGAAAAUUGAAGCUUUUAAUGCUCUUGGGAAGUUAGGAAUGACAUCUGAGUAUAUUCUGAUGCAAACCCUCUCCAAGAAAGUCUUGCCAAUCACCAAAGAAAAGACAUUACAUGGUCAACUCUCAAGAAAGCAUUCCAAUUUACCAGCUUCAAGUGCUGCUGGAGCUUUUAUACAUGGAUUAGAGGAUGAAUUCCAUGAGGUAAGAAGCUGUGCAUGUUAUUCCAUGAGGAUGCCUGCUAUUCUUUCUGCUGGCUUUGCUACUGGAGCCUUAGGUUUGUUAAUGGAUGUGCUGAAUGAUGAUUCAGUUGUUGUAAGAUUACAAGCUCUUGAAACAAUGCAUCAUAUGGCAGUUUAUGGCCAUUUAAAAGUGCAAGAAAUGCACAUGCACAUGUUCCUUGGUGCUCUAAUCGACAUGAACUCAUCAAUAAGAUUAACAGCAAGAAAAGUACUUCGAUUAACCAAACUCCAUGAUCUGAUUUUGUUUAAACUAGUUGUUGAUAGCCUCAUACAGAGUCUAGAGAAAUAUCCACAAGAUGAGAUGGAUGCUCUUUCUCUUAUAUUUGAUAUUGGCAGAAAUCAUGGAAGUUUUGCUAUCAGCAUCAUUAAAGAAUUCUUUCCAGAGGUGGACCCUUCUUCUGAAUGCAAUUGGGACUUUAAUAAUUCAAAAACUGCUGCACACCUUGUAUUGGCUAUAUCUAUUCCACUUUCCCAUGGAAAGCAACAACAAUUGGAUAGCAUUCCAUCAAUAAUAUAUUCUUAUGCUGUUACAAUUCUUGGAAGAAUUUCUAGAAGCUUGACUGGAGUGAUGAAUCAGGACACACUUUUGGCUUAUUUGUCACAUUGUAGUAGAUCAAGUGGACCCCACCUUAUAGAGUUCAUGAAAGGGGAAGACAAGAUGGUUGAAGAUGAUGUGGCAACAAAGAUCGAUACUCAAAUAACAUGUCCUGUCAGUGUCAGAUUAGACGUGGUGCAUAAUAAUAAUGAUGGUGAUUUUGAAGUGCAUGAUAAUGCAGAUAAUUAUAUAAAGUUUAUCCUUGCUAAUAUUGUACAAGUUUGGCCUUUGGUGAAGUUUGGAUGCAUACAUGAAGUGCUUACAACACUAAGGAGUUGGAAGGAAGAACUAGCAACAUUUAUCACUGAUCCAUCAUGUCAAUCCAAUUCUCAUUUAACAUUUACUUCUCAAUAUCUUGAUGUGGUGAAACUACUUUCAAAAGCAUGGUGGCAUGUUAUGUGCCCAAUGGACUUAAUAUGUAAAGAAUCAGGAAACUUGGGGUACAUUUUGCAAAAACUGGAAAAUAAACUCCGAGAAUUACAACACAGGUUCAUUGGGUUGAGUAAAGAAGAGGAGCUACAUAUCCAGGAGCUGACACAUGUCGCCUCUACACUAAAAUCGUCUAUAUUCGAUGAAUCUGCAAUAAAAAAGCUACAGUUUUUUUCCUUAAAAGAAAUUAUAUUCCAUGAAAACAUAAAAUACAUGGAUGCAGAAGUUGAUGUUGGGGACAAAUACAAAUACAAAUACAAAUACAAUGAUUGGUUAAAUCCGAUUCCCUUUGUGGCUGGACUACCUGUUGGAAUACCAUUAAAGAUUAGGUUACAUAAUGUACCAAUUGAGACUAAGUUAUGGGUAAAAAUGACAAUGUAUGAGAAGUUGAGGGAGUAUGUGUAUGUUGAUUUGAAACAAUUUGAAGGUUGUGAGAAGGUGAGAGAAUUUACGUUUAUGCCCCCGUUCCAUAGAACCCCGAAAGUGAAUUGUUUUGUGUUGAGGGUAUGUGUAGGCAUGGAAUGUUUGUGUGAGGAGGAGGUUGAUGGUUUUAGAGGGCAUGGUGGGCCCACACAUGAGCUUGUUUAUCUUUGCAAGGAAAAAGAGGUGUUCCUUUCCAUGGUGGGUAAAAAAGGUUAAAGGUGGCUAGACAUGACAGAUUUAAUAGAACACAGAACAGAACAGGUUGUACUGUGUUUGACAUGUAAGACAAAAAGUUGUAACCUUUUGUCCCGUCCAAAAAGGUGGAACAAUGUGGUACAAUUACAAAGACUCGAUGUCGAUAUGUCAUCUGUGGAAAAGACGUGAAUGCCCUCAUCGUCCUCGUUAUUGAAAAUAGUCUUUGGAUGAAUCUUGAAAGGUUUUCAUCGGUUGUUGCAAGUGAAGAAUUUUGUUGGCCUCAAUGUUUCAGUUAUUCUCUGAAAAGAUGGUGCGUGGAUGUGCAUGACAAAGAUGAAGGUUUUCAGGGCUAUGAACGCUCAAAGUGCAUUGUUCCUCUUGGGGAAUUUCAAGUAAUACAAGCUGACUUAAACUCACGAAGAAGUUGGUGAUGAAAAUGACUCGAAAGAUAACAUGGAAACCGGUUCAAAAUUCCUUUUCAUUAGCUCUUGAAACAAGAAGUACCCAUAAAUACUUUGAAAUUACAGUUUUGCCCUUACCUUUUGCUUUUAUUUUUAUUUAUGGAUGUCCCACUGCCAUCAAUUUCUGGAACUGCUCCCUAUGUAAGUCUCCUUGUUUCCACAAAGUGUUCGCGUCUAUCUAUUAUUGUUAAUAAAAUAACUAUAAUGCCAUUUUGUAUUUA